AAAAUCAACUGAUACCAGUGACGCAAUAGGAAUUCGUCCUUUCCGUCGCGCAACUGUGAGUGGAACAUGUCGUAUUCGUCUGAACGAAGAAACGAGGAUCAAUGGACGGGUGAUUCUAAAAAUGGUCCUCGAGAAAAUGAACAGCCGGGGUACGAUGGACCACCGGGAAUGGAGCCCGAAGGCGUCAUCGAGUCCAACUGGGAUACAGUCAUCGAGACUUUCGACCAGAUGAACUUGAAGGAUGAGUUAUUGAGGGGAAUUUUUGCAUAUGGCUUUGAAAAGCCAUCGGCUAUUCAACAGCGAGCGAUUCUCCCUUGUGUAAAGGGACGUGAUGUAAUUGCCCAAGCCCAGUCUGGAACUGGAAAAACGGCAACCUUCUCGAUCUCCAUCCUCCAACAGAUCGAUACAGCAGUUAACGACUGCCAGGCAUUGAUUCUUGCGCCAACUCGAGAAUUGGCCCAGCAGAUUCAAAAAGUGGUGAUUGCUCUGGGUGAUUUUAUGCAGGCACAGUGUCACGCCUGCAUCGGAGGUACAAAUGUACGUGAGGAUAUGCGUAAGCUCGAGCAGGGUGUCCACGUGGUGGUGGGUACCCCAGGACGUGUCUACGACAUGAUAAGUCGACGUGCCCUUCGCACCCACUGCAUUAAAAUGUUUGUCCUCGAUGAGGCAGAUGAGAUGCUGUCACGUGGUUUCAAGGAUCAGAUUCACGAUGUAUUCAAGCUACUGUGUCAGGAGGUCCAGGUGAUCCUGCUGUCUGCUACAAUGCCAAAUGAUGUGAUGGAUGUGUCCAAGUGCUUCAUGCGUGAUCCCAUCACUAUUUUGGUGCAGAAGGAAGAAUUGACGCUCGAGGGUAUCAAACAGUUUUACGUAUUUGUCGAACGUGAGGACUGGAAAUUGGAGACACUCUGCGAUCUUUAUGACACUCUGAGCAUCACUCAGGCUGUUAUAUUCUGCAAUACACGUCGUAAGGUCGAUUGGCUUACUGAGAAUAUGCACAACAGGGAUUUUACUGUCUCUGCAAUGCAUGGAGAUAUGGAGCAGAGGGAAAGAGACGUCAUCAUGAGGCAGUUUCGCACUGGUUCAUCCCGUGUACUCAUCACGACUGAUUUACUUGCUAGGGGCAUCGAUGUGCAGCAAGUCUCACUCGUUAUCAAUUAUGAUAUUCCUUCCAAUCGUGAGAAUUACAUUCACAGAAUUGGUCGUGGUGGACGUUUCGGACGUAAGGGAGUUGCUAUAAACUUCGUCACCACUGAUGACAAGCGUACCAUGAAUGAUAUCGAGCAGCACUACCACACUCGCAUCGAUGAAAUGCCAAUGAAUGUUGCCGAUUUGAUUUAAAUAAAAAAAAACCGUAAAUCAAACCACGAGACAAAUUGGCGAAUAAAUAUCUUCAACCAUAAAUAACGAGAAGAAGAAAAAAAAAACAGAAAAAAAACCAACAAACCCUAAAAUAAUUAACAAAAAAAUCGCAAAACAGUUUUAAAACCGAAAAAUAAAUAAAAGUAAGUGGAAAAAAAAGCAUAACCGAGCUCAGCUGAUCUCUCAUGUGGUGUGUGAGUAUAUUAUAAAUACCGAAAGAAAAGGAAAAAAAAAACACAUUGGAAUUUGAAAAAUAAUUGGAAUCCUUCAAUUUUUCGUUUCUUCACCUGCAAAAACUUUCUUUCUCCAUCAGCUGUGGUGGUAAUAUCUUUAAUUACUCAAUUCUUUGUUACCACUACGAAUUAUUGAUUAAUUAAUCGUUAGAUGAGUAGGUAAAUAGGUUUAAUCGACGAUUUAUCGAUUAAUUGAGUAAAUUAGGGUAAUCGGGAGAGGUGGGAGGGAGGAGGGGCAUGGGCCUCUCGGUCUCUCGUGUCGGGCAUAAUUCUGAUAGCCAGGAAUUCUUUUAUGUCGCUGGGGAUUUUUAUCCUUUUGAACUUCCGUUUUUUUAUCCUUCCACAGUAUUUUGUGGCCCUGGGGGGAAGAGGGGAAUGGAGGGAUGUCUACACAGGGGGUCAUUGAGGGUCUUCAGAGGUUUUUUCAAUUACAGGAGACGUAGAAGGAGAUUAUUUUCGGGCUUCUAGGACUGGGGGGACUCGGAAUCAUUCGAUUUAUCCCUCGUACUCUAUUAAUUGCGAUAUUAUCGAAAUAAUGCUCCCAGAAUUUUUUGACUCAUCAACUUUUCACCACUUCACUGAUUAAAUUGUCAAAUCUACUUUCUCGCACUUGAGUUAUUGAUCGGAAUAUUUUAGUGGGCUUUAGCGUUCUUUUUUUUUUUUUUUUUUGAUGGGAAAAUUGUUGGAGGUGAUUUUUGAAUUUUUUUUUCAAUGAUUUUCGAACAUUCGACAUUUAGAUAGUGUGGAUGAAUUUUUUGUAUAUCAUUGAACGUAAUUAGAAGGUAACAGUGGAUUUAUAUGUGAGAUAAUAAAGGAAAAUGUUUGAAUUA